UCAUUAUAAACCAAUGCACAAAACAGCUGCAGCGAAAGUCUGCAGCACCCUGCAUUCUCGGCCCACGUUUUGUAGAUUUUGCUGGUUUUUGUUUUUCUGGCAAACCAAUCAAGUGUACUUAUAUAUACAAGCACUAAUUCUUCCUCAUGGGCUCUAUAGAAAGCCCACGACCAGAGGUUGUCACCGUUGAUAUUCAUGAAGCUAAGGAAUUGAUCAAGUCUGGCUAUGGCUAUUUGGAUGUUAGGACGGUGGAGGAGUUCAAGGAGGGUCAUGUGGAUGCACCAAAGAUUUUCAAUAUUCCUUACCUGUUUAAUACACCAGGAGGAAUGGUAAAAAACCCUGAAUUUUUGGAAAAGGUUUCAUCUACUUGCAAGAAAGAGGAGCGUCUGAUCGUGGGUUGUCGAAGUGGGGUCAGAUCGUUAUCUGCAGCUGCUGAUAUGCUGAAAGAUGGAUUCAAAGAUGUACGCAACAUGGGAGGAGGUUAUCUGGCUUGGCUUGAAAAUAGGUUUUCUAUUAAGAAGCCAGAAGACGAGCUCCAACAAGUUAUAAAGCUCAAAGAAGUUAUAGACAAACCUUAAUUUGUAUUUUCCAAUGUAUAUGUACUACUUUCUAUUCUUCUCAAUGUUAAUGCCUCAUUUCCUAUAUAUGGAGGAAAAUGUGGAAAAUUAAAAUCAACAAAAUAAAUAAUAAUAAAAACUAUCAUGGUGGUUUUCUAUGAAA